UAUUGAGAAUGGCUGCGAGAGAACGGCGGCCAUGGUGGAUGGGUUGGCCGCGGGGAGCAAAGCAGAGGCAGCUGCGUCAAUGGCCGACGCCAAGUCGCUAUCGAUAUAUGGAACAAAGCUUCUUCAAAGUAUCAAAGAAAAUAUGGGAGGAAUGAUCUGGGAAAGGUCACAGACGGGCAUCGACAUUGCAGGAAAGUUGGAAGAAAUUGAAGUUGCAAUGAGAGGAAUGGAAGCUGCCCUGACUUCCCCUUCCAUUGCCUUCGGAGCAAUGGACGAAGAACUCUGCAAUUUGCUCAACGAUCUCAAACCCAAGGCCAUCUUGAACCUACAGCAGCUCAAUUUCACUACUGCGCCGGAGAAGAAGCCCGCGUUCUCAACUCAUCGGCUGAUUAAUAUUUCUCCCAUUAUCCCUCAAAUUCUGCCGGUUUCGUUCUUCUUGCGGUGUAUGGAAAUUCUUCUGUAUGACUCAACCUCCGCCGCCGCCGCCGCCGCUUCCCGGAAUCUCGUCUCCGAGGUGAAAAUAGGUCGGAGACUCAAUGGGGGAGAGGCAACUGAGUUGGGGGACGAUUGUACAAAAAAGACUCAUUGGGGCAUUUCGUCGAACAUGUUGCCUACAUUCAAGAGUUUUUGUUUUGCCCUGAAAUGCUCGAUUACGUUGGGUCUUGCCGUGUAUCUGGGUCUGACUUACACAAAGCGAAAUGGGUAUUGGUCAGGAUUGACGGUUGCCAUCAGCUUUGCAACUGAGAGACAAGCAAUAUUUACAGUCGCCAACGCUCGAGCUCAAGGGACGGCAAUGGGCUUUCUAAUCCAUAGCAGAAUGUAUGGUCAAUCUGGUGGCAUCGCCUCAGCAUUAGGCGCGUUGCUUGUUCUUGGGAGGAAGAACUACGGCAUUCCAUCUGAGUUUGCAAAUGCUAGAAUCAUAGAAGCUUGCAUAGGAUUGCUCUGUUAUCUGACCGUGGAGGUUGUUUUCAAUCCAACAAGAGCAGCAACUUUGACAAAAACAGAGUUCUCAACAACUUUAGAGAUCCUUCAAGAUUGCAUCAAGAGGGUAAUCCUUAUUCCCCAUAAGAACUCGUAUGAAUCUUCUUCUACUUUGAUUCCAUUGAUAGAACAGCACAAAAAUCUGAAAUCCCAUGUUAGUCAAUUAGAAAAAUUCAUUAUAGAAGCUGAGUUUGAGCCAAAUUUCUGGACUACACCUUUCCAAGCUAGCUGCUACGAUAAUCUUGUGAAAUCUCUGCAAAAAUCAGUAGAUAUCUUACAAUUUCUGGUGCAUGAAAUGAGCUCUCUGUCUCUAGAACUCAACAGUUCUAACUUAAGUGAAGACAUGGAGGCAUUCAGCAAAAAAGUUGGAUGUUCUUUGAAGUUCAUGGAGAAGGUGAGCCUGAUAAAGUCCUUGAAGGAAUUGCAGAGCAAAAAGCAGGAGAUGGAAAAGGGUUCAAACCAUGGAAGCAGAGCUCUAGCUCUCAGUGAAGAAGAUAUUGAGACAAUUAUGGGUUCCUUCUGCCAACAUGCAAAUGAAAUUCUGAGCAAAGCUUACAUAAAUGGUGAAGAUGAGGCAAAUCUGAAAGGCCAAAUGACACAGCGCUUAAGUUCAAUUGGGUUUUGCAUGGAAUGCUUGAUGAGAGAAACAAUGGCGAUGGAGAAGGAAGUGCACCAACUGCUGAAACUGGAGAAUCCAUCCAUUCAUAUUGAUUUGCAAGAACUUUCAAGAAAAGUUGAUGCUUACUGUGCAUAUAGCGAUGUAUCUAUAUAGAUAUCAAGAACUUUGCAGCAAUCGGGCGGCAAUAAUUGCAUUAAAAA